AUGGCUUGGACAGAUACCGAGAAAUGUCCUCCAGGACGCCGCAUGACGUUCCAAGACUCGCUCUAUACCCUCUCAAAGGGGGUUUUUCUCAAGCUUGCCGUGCCAAAUUGGGCGAUGAACCUCGCGGAAACUACAAGGAAGAUUCAAACGGCCUUUGAAGAGCUGGAGCCUUCCAAGGCACUCAUCAAAUUUAAGGUUUACAUGAGAGAGAUGAUAAAUCGAAGCGGAGAAAGGGAGGAUCUCGGUGACCUGUUUACGAGUCUCCUCGAGGCCAACACACAUGAUACGAGCAUCGAUGCCCUGAGCGAUCGGGAACUGAUGGGAAACAUUUUCAUUUUCCUCAUCGCUGGCCACGAAUCAACCGGACACACGAUCGCACUCAUGUUUGGCCUAUUGGCACUGUAUCCCGAUGAACAAGACCGACUGUUGGAUCAAAUCAAAGAGGUUUGCGGUGAUGGAAACAUUUGCACGUUGAAAUCUCAGGGCGUCGCGUUAGCGUUUACAACGAGACCCUACGACUUUAUCCAGCUGUGCGGCAAUGACAACCAGAUCCUUUUGGACUACACACUGAUUUACUUCCAGGUGACGCACAUACCCAAGAAGAGCGCAGAGGACACGACUUUGACGACGACUAAUUCGCGGGGAGAGAAGACGGUGAUCCCAGUGCCCAAGGGAACUAUGAUUGCCAUCGACACUCCGGGACUGCACUACAACCCGCGAUACUGGGAGAACCCUUACGAGUUCAAUCCCGACCGAUUCCUCAAGGAAUACAACAAAGAUGCCUUCGUGCCUUUCAGCUCAGGCGUUCGCUCCUGUCUCGGGCGAAAAUUCUUCGAAACCGAGGCUGUGAUUACGACGUUGCUGUUUAUCCGACGGUACAAGAUCUCUGUCAAGGAGGAGCCUCAGUUCGCACAUGAGACUUUUGAACAGAGGAAAGAAAGGGUCAUGCGAUGUAAACCUGGGCUUACAUUGACCCCUGCACGCAUCCCAUUGGUCUUCACGAGACGGGAUCACAUACCUUGA